GAUAAUUUCAAUAAAAAAACAAAAAUCCUUUAUGAUACUUUAUAACAAGGAAGUAAGCCGUUUCGAACCACAAUGACCAAAUACGUGAAGUGAUGACGCGCAUCCACGUGACACGUGUGCUUUUACUUUCAGUUUUCGGGUGGAGGCCGGUAGUGGAGAAAGAGUCUUAAAAACAUAUUUUUAAAGAAGAAGUCUUGAUACAGCAGGAAGAGUCACUCGAGGCAUUUUAGGUCUCCACGAAGCAAUAAUACACAUAUGGGGUCUGUGGAGUGGUGAUUGUACGUGGAACAGAAGGAUGGAACAAAGUGAGGACGUGAGGUUUCGUCAGAUGCUGUUAGAAGUGCAGGAGUCUCUGCGGGAUGAUGAUCUGAACGAUCUGAUGUUCCUCUGCUCUGAUCAUCUCACUUUAAGAGACCUCAGUACGGUGUCUACAGCCACAGAUCUCUUCACUCAUCUGGAGAACCAACAGAAGCUGUCCCCGGACGAUCCGUCUCUGCUUCUGGAGCUGCUCGCCAUCAUAAAACAGCACAGUCUGAUCCGAAAACUGGGUUUAGAUGAAUGUACGGAAACCAAUGGCGCAACAUAUCGAUUUAUCUCACCGUACAGACGGAUGUUGUUUGAUCUGUCACAAUCCAUCUGUGAUGAGGAACUGAAAAAGAUCAAAUUUAUGCUCUUAAGAACGCUGUCGCGCAAAAAACUGAAACAGGACAUGACGCUGUUGCAGCUGUUUUCAGAGCUGGAGAAGAAAGAUCUUCUGGAUGAAGAUAAGGUGGACAACCUGCAAGAAAUUAUCAAAAAUGUUUUUCCCGCUUUGGAAAAAAGAAUUAUUCAGUAUAAAACGGAGAGAGAAAAUGACAUUGCUCAGGAGACUGAGAAUAAUGCAUCCAUGUCCAACAUUCCAGUUCAGACAUCUCUCACACCAUCCCUGUCAUCAGUUGACCUUCAGGAUGAGAUGGACCUCCUCCGUCUGAAUGAAGCUUCUGGGGUCAGUGAAGAUCAGAGUCUGCGUUUGGACAUCACCUCAGUGACUGAAAGUGAGAGCCUGAAUGUGUCUGUGACUGAACAUCCUGAGAUCCCGCAGUAUGAGAUGAAGGGUGACAGGAGGGGGAUAUGUGUCAUUUUCAACAACUGUAACUUCAGUGGAAGCAGUCACCGGAUGAGAGAAGGAACGGAAAUCGACAAAGAGAGUUUGAAAAGCGUAUUCCAGUGGCUGGGCUUCGAGGUCCGGAUCGAACAGGACUGUGAUAGAAGGCGAAUGCUGGACGUCUUAAAGGAUCUGUCCCGUCACGACCACACGCAGGAGGAUUGUGUGGUGUGCUGUGUGCUGAGCCACGGAGACAUUGAUGCCAUAAUCACGACGGAUGGACAGAGAGUCACCUUCAGGGAGCUGAUGGAGCCUCUGUGUCCGCCACAGUGUCCUUCUCUCAUCCAUAAACCUAAACUGUUCUUCAUCCAGGCCUGCAGGGGCACCGAAGAGCAGAGAGCGGUGUGGCCGCAGAAAAACAGAGUUGAUGAAAUGUUGGCAAGUGACGCGCGGAUGCCCAGAGACUCCACAGCUGAGGCCGCUGACUUCUUAUUAGCCAUGUCCACUGUACCUCACUACGUGUCCUUCAGAGAGAAAGAUAAAGGAACCUGGUUCAUACAAGCCCUCUGUGACAACAUGAAACUACUGGUGCCAAGCGGUGUGGAUCUGCUGACCAUUCUGACACGAGUGAACCAUGACGUGAGCAGAAAAUCGGACUGCACUGGUUCGAGAAAGCAGAUGCCACAACCGGAGUUCACGCUCACUAAGAGAGUUGUUUUCCCCAUUCCUCAAACCCAUCCACCCCAGUGAUGAAAUAAAGCUUAGCUCUGUGUUCUGUGGUAGGCUUUGUGAGACCAGUUUUAUUGCAACUUGUGAUGUUGCUGCCAUCGUUUACCUCAUUUGUUAGUUGCUUUGGAUAAAAGCGUCUGCUAAAUGACUAAAUGUCAAUGUGAUACCGCUGUCAACUCCUGUCCACACACCAGCAAACUUUAUUUUUAUCCUACGAGUUGUUUACAUGGACGAGCUGUGCAAGUGCUAUACAUGGAUGCUUUACAUGUUUAACUAAACCUGCUGUAAUAGCUCAAGAAUUUUCUAUAAGAAAGGAACUUUUUCUAGAUUAAAAUCAGCCAGCAGGUUGAAUGCCUUAUGAUCAAAAGGUGUAGCACUCAAAGCACUCAGGGAUGUUUACUGUGCAUGAAUGAAUAUUAGUUUAAAGAAUUGUCCUUUGAUCAAACUUGACCUCAUAACAAUCUAUGAAGUAAGGCAAAGAUUUAAUGAUGAUGAAUGUUUAAGAAAUAAACUGUAUAC